AUGGAGGAUGCUGUAGCUCUCGUCAUCGACACUGGCUCAUAUAUGUGCAAGGCCGGCUUUGCUGGCGAAGAUGCUCCUCGGGUCUGUUUUCCGACUGUUGUAGGACGGCCGUCGGGAGACCAAGAGAACGAUCUGAACAAAUUCUACAUCGGCGACGAAGCCCAAUCCAACCACAACACCCUCACCCUCACCCACCCCGUCCACCGCCGCCUCCCAACCGACUGGGACUCCCUCGAAACCCUCUGGCACCACACCCUCCACACCUCGCUCCGCGCCCACGCAACAGAGCACCCCAUCCUCCUCGCCGAGCCCCCGCUCACGCCCGCAUCGCACCGCGAGACGGCCGCGCAGAUCAUGUUCGAAUCGCUCGGCGCGCCGGCGUACUACGCCGCGAACCAGGCCGUGCUCGCGCUGUACGCCGCGUCGGCGCGGACGACGGGCGUCGUGUUUGACGCGGGGUACGAGGUGGCGCAUGUCGUACCUGUAUACGAGGGCCUCGCGAUCACGCACGCUACUGUGGGAGUCGAUGUGGGCGGGCGGCAUGUUACGGACGCGCUUUGUAAGGGGUUGGCUGAGCGCGGGUACGAGGUCGCGAGUCCGGAUGCGAGGGAGAUCGUUAGGGAGGUGAAGGAGAAGUUGGGCUAUGUUGCGUUGGACUUUGAUGAGGAAGUAAGGACGGCGGUGUAUCAUCCGGGUCGCGAGUUGAGCUAUGAGCUGCCGGAUGGGAAGGUUUUGGAUGUUCGACAUGAGCGGUUCAAAGCACCCGAAGCCCUCUUCAACCCCUCCCUCAUCGGCCUCUCAUCCCCCGGCGCGCCCCAAACGAUCCACAACUCAAUCGCUAAAUGCGACCCGGACCUCCACCGCUUUCUCUACAAGAACAUCGCCCUCUGCGGCGGCACGACCAUGUUCGCCGGCCUCGCCGAUCGGAUGCACAAAGAGCUGUCUGCGCUCGCGCCGGGGGGUGUGGGUGUUAAGGUCGUGGAGAGGCCUGAGCGGAAGUACGCGGCGUGGAUCGGGGGGUCGAUUUUGGGGAGCUUGUCGACUUUUGCGGGGAUGUGGGUGGGGAGGGGGGAGUGGGAGGAGGUUGGGGGUGCGAUUGUUCAUAGGAUGGAUAGCUUCACCAUCGCCACUAUCCAACCUCAGCCCAAGAUGUCUACUACGAUGAAAGAUGGCCGUCAACGCGCACGUCUUGAGGCGUAUACCGCGCACUGGAAGAAGGACUCUGCGAAAGAAACAGGCGCGGACCACGAAGCCCGCAACGAGUCGUACACCGACGUCGUCAACGGCUACUACGACGGCGCAACAGAGCUCUACGAAUGGGGCUGGGCCAAAUCCUUCCACUUCUCCCGCUUCUACGCGGGCGAAGCGUUCGACGCCGCCCUCGCGCGGCACGAGCACUACCUCGCAGCCCAAAUGAGCCUCCGCCCGGGCAUGCGCGUGCUGGACGUCGGGUGCGGCGUCGGCGGGCCCGCGCGCCAGAUCGCGAACUUUGCGGACGUGACGGUUGUGGGGGUCAACAAUAAUGCGUUUCAGGUGGGAAGGGCGAGGAGGUAUACGCGGGAUGUGGGGCUGGACGCGGAGGGCAGGGUGCGGUUUGUGAGGGGGGAUUUUAUGAGGCUUGCGGAGAUUUUUGGGGAGGGGUCGUUUGAUGCUGUGUAUGCUAUCGAAGCGACUGUUCAUGCGCCGUCGCUUGAGGGAGUGUAUGGCGAGAUCAUGAAGGUUCUCAAGCCAGGAGGCGUCUUUGGCGUAUACGAAUGGGCCAUGACAGACGCCUGGGACCCGACUAUUCCCGCGCACAAAGACCUCGCGCACCGCAUCGAGCUCGGCGACGGCAUCCCCGAGAUGCGGCCCCUCUCCUCCGUCCGCUCCGCCAUCCGCUCCGUCGGAUUCGAGAUCGAACACGAAGAAGACCUAGCCGCGCGCGACGACGAGGUGCCGUGGUACUACCCCCUCGAGGGCGACCUCCGCAAGGCGCAGACGACGUGGGACUUGUUUACCGUUUGGCGGUUGAGCAGGACGGGCAAGCUCAUUACGCAUACGGUCACUUGGUUGGCGGAGAUGGUCGGGCUGGCGCCGAGGGGGACGACGGGGGUUAGUGAGGCGCUUAUGGUUGCUGCUGAGGCGUUGGUGGAGGGCGGGAGGACGAGGCUGUUUACGCCUAUGUAUCUUGUUGUGUCGCGCAAACCUAGCGCGAGCUGA